AUGGGGAUUAUGUGCCAAGUGUCAGCAUUUAUAAUGACCUGGUUAGUGAACGAACUAAAAAAGCGUCUUGAAAGAACCUUUUUGACGGAUUAAAGAUUGUCUUAUCUACAGAAAUACAUAGACAUAAUAGUAUUUGAAGUUACAGUUCCGUGCACACACAUAUACAUAUAUAUAAGAAGAACUUGCACCGUAAUGACUAACCGUUGAGUAUAACAUAAUAACACAUGAUAAUAUUUCUAAUAACACAUUAUAAUAUAAUCAAAUAGCAAAAGUAGAAGAAACAAAGCCGUUAGAUCGUAAAUGAUUGCUCCAAUAUACUUUAAACUUCGUAAUAAGGUGGAAUUCCGACGGCGUAUCACGUAACCGAAAACAUAAUCUUUAGUUUAAUAUUAUUCACUUUUGAUGAAAAUUAACGCCUGGAUAAGACGUAUAUUCGUAUUUCUACAAUAACUGACUAUAUUUGACUAUUUUGUGUAGUACUAAAAUGAAACCUAAUACCACUGAAAUUAGCAAUAUUAAGACUAACCUUCCAAUUCACAUUUUUAUAUAAAAGAAUAACGAGUUAGGCCUGAUUUUUACAGUAAAAAAGCUGACGGGGCAGCCCAGCUACAAAUAGCGCCUACGCCUGCCCUUUCACUGGUAGCACCGAGAACAGACGGUAAUAACAGCAACGCCUCAAAGGACCCAAAGAACGGUAAGUUAUUUCCAAUUCAGACUUUACGACAACUUGAAGGUAAAUUAAAGAAUACAGAACUACAGACCAUUACAUCAAAUAUUUUCCAAGACCUAAGGACACUCAUGGACGUGGAACGAAGAAACGUAAGAGAGUAAUGUGUCUUCCCGUGUGGCGAACAAUUGGCUAG